AUGGCACGUCCCGAGUACAAACCCCUCCAACUCAAGUCUAUUGUGAUUAGUGAGAAACAAGUGCCAUCAUUAAAAACACCGAAAAGAAGAGCAGCACCACUUGCAAAGUCACCUCGUACACAACUCAUUAAGUUAUCACCAAUUCCACCGAGCGAACCAAAUCACGUUGAGUACUUCAAUAACUUACUUUUCUCGGGAGAUAACGUCGUUAUUGAAGCAUUGACACAAACACUCAUAUUACGAGCGCCAAGCGAAGAAGCAGCAUUCAAUUCUGAGGCGAUGUUGAGGUAUUACUACGAUAACAACAAAUUGAAUUCGUUAUUAACGUGGGCUUUUGAGAAAGAAGUCAACAGCAGAGGGACAGAUACCUUCACAUCGUUUUUUACUAAGAAUUCCCUCUUUCUCAAAUUGUACGACAAAUACACACAAGUCUUUUUGAUGGACUAUUUACGACUCUCACUGAAACCUACAAUGGAAAUGAUAUUAAAACAAGACUCGAGAAGACUUAGUGUGCCGGGGAAUUUGUCAUUUGUGUUACUUGAAAACGAAACGGCGCUGACGAAAGAAGAGUACACGAAAUCACAAACAUUCAUAGUUGAAGUGCUGUCGCAUACAACUGAAUGCUUAGUCCAAAAUACUCAACUCAUUCCGUCGCACUUCGCACAGUUUAUUCAAUCAAUAAAUUCCAUAUUACGGUCACACAGAAUUAAUAAACGAGACGUCGUGAAACGAGUGUUUCGAGAACUCUUUUACACAUACACGUUGUCUGUUGUGAUUAAUAACCCGGAGACUUUAAUGCCCGGCCUCUCACAAAGUGAAACGGUCCAAAAGAGAUACAAACUCAAUUACUUCAGAGAAAUGCUUGAGAAGUUGCAUUCGAGCGAUUGCCAAUCGAACAAUAACAUCAUGUUUGACAUCAUGCCAUUACUCAAAAAUCCGGACCCCGCCGGCGAUGUGUUGAAGUACUUGUUAAGCGUCCAACUCGACAAAUCACAGAAGGAAGUCAUUCUCUCGAAACCGGAAACAACGGAAGAAUCACUAAAGAAGGAAAUGAAAGAAAAAGAAAAGGCGUCACAACGAGUCACAGACUUCCAAAACUUCACGUCGAUCAUUAAAGAUAAUAUGCUGCAAAUACUCGACUUUUUACCGAGAAGAAUAGGAGACGAUCUCCUCAAAAUCGUUGGAGGAAAACCUUAUAUGUUUGAUGACUAUCACAUGUUCAGAAGUUUGUUGGACUCGAUAAACGUCUUCAACGAAGACUAUAACAUGCAAAUGAGUCAAGCCAUCAUCGUUAACACACGAAAAAAGGACGAAAUUGUACAACUGGAAGAACAACUUGGGGUGCUCCAAAAGAAGCUCGAGGAAAUUCAAAAUGAAAAUGAGAAUUUGCAAAGUCAAUUAGAUCACGAUCUACCUAUUGGGUCGAUAUUGGGUUCUGAAAGAUACAUGAAAACAUCAUUUGAGUCAUAUUAUGCGACUCGGACUUUCUUUGUUGGGUCUCAAGUCUUUUCUGGGAAAAAGAUUGAAGAUGUGAAAAAGGGUGGAUUACAGUUAUUUAAAAGGAAAAAAGACACGAAGAAGGAGAAGAAAGAAAAAAAGGACAAGAAAGAAAAGAAAGACUCUUCAGAGAGUAGUAAAUGA